AUGUAUGGUUACGUCUUGCACGGCUGGCCGCCGGCCGUGGGUAAGGAGUACAAUGCGUAUUUUAGGCGUAAAGAAAAUAUCUGUUUCGACCAAGGCUGUCUAUUGUGGGGCUAUAUAAUAAUAAUACCAAGGACGUUGCAAAACGCUAUUCUAAAAGAGAUUCACGAUGGACAUCCGGGCAUUGUUAAAAUGAAGCAAAUAGCUCGUAACUACGUUUGGUGGGCGACUAUAGACGCGGAUAUCGAAAGGGCGGUGCGUGAUUGCGGCGCGUGUCUCGCGGUACGGCCCGAACCGCCACCGGCUCCGCUCCACUCGUGGCCGUGGCCGGUUGAGCCGUGGUCCCGUCUUCAUGUCGACUAUUUGGGGCCCUUCAAUAAUAAAUAUUACCUGGUCAGCAGCACGUCGGCGGCAAACCUCAUUUCUAUUCUUAGGAAAAUAUUUGCCCGUUUUGGAUUACCAAAAAGAAUAAUUAGUGAUAACGGUCCUCUUUUCACGUCAGCGGAGGUCGCGACGUAUUUCCAAGGUAAUGGAAUAGGGCAUACGCUUACGGCUCCGUACCAUCCCGCUAGCAACGGAGCGGCUGAAAAUGCAGUGCGCUCGGUAAAAAGGGCUUUAAAAAAGGCUUCUUUAGGAAACGAGGACGAGGAUACUGCUUUAAAUAGAUUUUUAUUCUCGUACCGGAACACCGAACACAGUACGACCGGGCGGGACCCGUCGGUGGCGUUGCUUGGCAGACGGCUGCGAGGGCGCCUCAGUCUGCUACGGCGCGAUACUGAUGAGCGCAUCCGCGACCGGAUAAUAGCUAGCGAGCUGCGUCGAGACGCACCGUUGAGAGUUGUGGCUCCCGGAGACUCAGUGUUGAUUCGAGACUACUCUAGGCGCAAUCGGAAGUGGGCGGAAGGAGUGGUUCUAGAUCGUUCGAGUCCGGUGUCAUACUCCGUCAAAACGAGUGACGGUCAAAUACACAAACGACACGUGGAUCAGAUAAUGUGCGAUAAAAAUCGUAAAUCACGCUUCUCCCUCACAAAAAUCGAGGCCUGCGAUAGGCCUAGACUGAGUGUAAAAGCAGAAGAUGGUAGUGAGGCUAGAGAGCCGAGGGAGAUGGAUGAGUUGGCCAAUCGUUCUUCUCCAGAAAAGAGCCCGAGCUCAUCUACGGACCAAACGUCUCCGGUUGCGCCGGUAGAUCAUGUCCGGCGGCAGGCUGCUGAACAAUGCUUGCAAAAAAAAUAG